AAUUCAAAGAUAUUUACGCUAACCAACCGUACGACGGCCUUGCCUCCACUACCUUUUGAUUUUAUAACUCUCUUUGGUUUGGUCUUGCAUUCAUUGCAAUUGAAAUUCAGGUUUCGUAGCAGAAAGUGUACUACAAAAUUCGUCCCUUGAUUUCACUUUGUACGCGUUAAUCUUGUGUAGUUUACGCAUGAUGACACGUAAAUUGACUGUUCAACUGUUGUCAGUUUCGACAACGGUGUAAGUACACCGUGUUUCGACAUUCCUGCCUACCUAGUUAACGUACAUUCCGAGCCAGAGGUUCCAUUAAAUGGUAAAAUAUGGCUGUGAAAAAACACAAUCCUAGUGAUUAUGGUGAACCUAUUCAUUAUGAUCCGGACUUCAAUGGACCUCUCAAGAGACGGUCCUGUACAGAUGUUCUAUGCUUGUUUCUACUUCUAGUCUUCAUUGGCUGCUGGGUUGGUAUUGGACUAUACGCGUUUAUGCAAGGUAAUCCAGAUAUACUGCUAGUUCCAGUAGAUUCGCAAGGCGCUAGAUGUGGCCUAGAUAGCCAUGUGAGAGACAAGCCUUAUCUGUUUUUCUUUGACCUCACAAAGUGCCUACAACCGAUUCCGUUUGCUGGUUGCAAUACACCACAAGUUUGUGUUAAACAAUGUCCACAAACUUUAUUUUUAUUAGAUACCACAAAUUACUAUCGGCCUGAAGAUAUGAUUUGUACAAAUGAUGUACAAGUACCUCGAACAAAAGAUGAAGCGUUUCGGUUAGUGUCAGACGGAAAAUGUGCCAGAUGGUAUUUGCAUAGUGAAUCGGUGUUUAAAAGAUGUUUAUAUAAUGUUGCCGAUCGUAUGAACUUAUUGAAUUUGGAUGUCAGUAGAAUACAUGGCGAUGAAGUUAAAUUGAUGCAAUACCGUCUUGCGUCAUCCAAUUCAUGGCUGGCUUUAGUUACGCAAAGUAUUAUAAAUAUCUUCUCAGAUAAUGAUCGUGAUUUUAAGGUUGGAAAGCAUGUGGUUGAGGAUAUAAUGAGAUCAUGGUGGCAAAUACUACUUGGAUUAGUAUUCGCUAUGCUAGUAUGUAUUAUAUACAUAGUAUUAAUGAGAUGGAUUGCUUCAGUAAUGGUGUGGUUUUCUAUAGCAGGAGUUUUGGCUGCACUUAGCUUUGGUAUAUACAUCUGCUACAAAAAGUACGAGUAUUACAAAGCUCAGAAAAUUUACACUUCAUCUGAACCAUGGUAUCAAUCAUUGCUGUAUAAACCAGGGACAUGGUUAGCCUUUCUAAUUACUGCAAGUGUCAUUCUAGUCAUUAUUUUACUGGUAUUAAUAUUUUUAAGAAAAAGAAUUGUUAUUGCUAUUGCACUUAUCAAAGAAGCCAGCAAGGCAGUUAGUUCUGUUACAGCAUCGUUAUUUUUCCCAAUAAUUCCAUGGGUGUUGCAAGUGGGCGUUAUUAUGUAUGCAGUUUCGGUGGGUCUUUUCCUGUCGACAGUUGGUUCUCCACAGUUUAUUGUAGAGAAUUUUGAUCCCAAUAAUUGUAAAUGCUCUGGUCCUGCUCAAGCUUACACAAACAACGCUACCUGUGAUCCUGGUAUAUUUGCAACGCAUUGUAAAGAUUAUUAUGGGCGCCCGUGCGGUCCAGCGAGUUGCCAUUAUGUGGGCACUGAUUCAUCUGCGAUAAUAACAUAUCUGCAUGUGAUAAAUGUUUUCGGAUUUUUCUGGACUAUAUUUUUUGUUUCUGGCUUGGCUGAUAUGGUUUUAGCAGCAACGUUUGCUACAUGGUAUUGGACUUUCAGAAAACGUGAUGUACCAUUUUUUACAGUGACAGAAUCAAUAAUAAGAACAUUGAGGUAUCACCUUGGUACUUUGGCUUUUGGCUCACUAAUCAUUGCUAUAUGUUCAAUGAUACGAGCAUUAUUGGAGUACAUUGAUCAGAAACUGAAGGCAUAUGACAAUUUUGUUACAAAAGCCAUCUUGUGUUGUUGUAAAUGCUUUUUUUGGUGUCUUGAAAGUUUUAUAAAAUUUAUUAAUAGGAAUGCAUACAUAAUGUGUGCAAUUCAUGGAAAAAAUUUUUGUAUUAGUGCCAAAGAUGCAUUCAAUUUGCUCAUGAGGAAUAUUCUUCGGGUAUUUGUUCUAGAUAAGGUCACUGAUUUUUUGUUGUUUCUCAGCAAAGUAUUGGUCACGGCCGGUGUAACCUCUGUCGCAUACGUUAUACUUGCAACAGAUUAUGUUAAAAUUGUGGAUACAUCACAGCUCCACUAUAAUUAUGUUCCAGUUAUAAUAAUAGGCGUUGGCACAUUUUUCAUAACUUUGGUCUUCUUUAGUGUUUUCACAAUGGCAGUUGAUACACUCUUUCUUUGUUUUUUGGAGGAUUCUGAAAGGAAUGAUGGGUCGCCAGAGAAACCGUACUUUAUGUCCAAAAAUUUAAUGCUUAUAUUGGGGAAAAAGAAUAAAUAAACGUCUCAAUACACAGAAAUUAUACAAUUGAUGCCAAAUACCAACAAACUACAAAUACAAAAACAACAAUAUUUAUAGAUUUUUAUUAUGUAUAUAUUUAUAUUAUUGACUACGAAUCUUAUAUUGUUUAUUAAACUAUAUUGUUAAGAAA